AUGUUAGGCAGCGUGCACACCAAGACCUGGCUAGAAGCAAGUUCCUGCGACUGGAUGAUCGCAGACUCGAAGAAGCGCAUCGAACAGCUUCGUUCUGCCGCCACGAACAGCGGCAAAGUCAGCUGGCGAGCUGGAUGUUCUGAUCUCGCCGCGAAAACGUCCCCGAACCAUGCGCUCAAGAUCCUCAGGCUCAAUGCUCAAGGCAUGAAGCAGCGCCAAGAGCAACUGGAACAGAUCAGGCAGUCUAUGGCGCUGAGCAUGGUGGAUCCGGACUUCGAUCAAGGAGAUCAACAAGUCUUCGAUCCUAUCCAAAAUAAAAUGGUUAGCGAGAAGGAACUGUUCAUGAACGCCAAGAAUAAACUCGAGGAGCUCUUGAAGGCGACGAAUGUCUAUCAGGAGACUGUGGAACAAGUCAUCGCCGACGGAGAGAAGAGACAAAAGUAG